AAGCUGUUGUCUAGUCGAAAACCAGUAAUGAAGCAAGGUGACAGAGUUCUCCUAGUUUACGUCCCGGGACUUGACUUUAUUGAUGCUUUCUUUGGGUGCUUCAGAGCUGGAGUAUUGCCUGUCCCGGUACUUCCAUCAGAUCCAAUGCAAAGAGGAGGACAAGCACUACUCAAGAUUGAAAACAUUGCUAAAUCGUGCAACGCAGUGGCCAUUUUGUCGACUGCAGGUUAUCAUGCAGCUGUUCGAGCAGGUUCUGUGAAGAAUUUGAUAUCACUGAACCGUAAAAAUGGAUCAAGCUCCGGUCGCUGGCCUAAUCUUCCAUGGAUACACACAGACUCUUGGGUUAAGAAUGCCAAAGAAAUGCAUUCUAAUAGAAAUGACAAGUUUGAGCCUCAAUCGGACAAUGUAUGCUUUCUACAAUUCACAUCAGGGUCAACAGGAGAUGCUAAAGGAGUUAUGAUAACUCAUGGUGGCUUAAUCCAUAACGUGAAGUUAAUGCGGAAAGUAUACAAAAGCACAUCAAACACAGUAUUAAUAAGCUGGCUUCCUCAGUACCAUGAUAUGGGACUUAUUGGUGGCCUUUUCACAGCUUUAGUAAGUGGAGGAUCAGCAGUUUUGUUUUCUCCGAUGACAUUCAUCAGGAACCCUCUCAUGUGGCUCGAGACGAUGAGCGAGUACAAAGCAACUCAUAGUGCUGGACCAAACUUUGCGUUUGAGCUCGUUGUCCGUAGGUUGGAGGCUAACAAAGAGAAGCAAUGGAAGUAUGAUCUUUCAUCACUCAAAUUUCUAAUGGUUGCUGCUGAACCAGUAAGGCAGAAAACUCUCAAGAAUUUUAUUGAGCUCACGAGACCUUUCGGUCUUUCCCAAAGAGUGAUGGCUCCUGGGUAUGGAUUGGCAGAAAACUGUGUGUUUGUAAGCUGUGCUUAUGGGGAGGGAAAACCAAUCUUGGUGGAUUGGCAAGGAAGAGUAGGUUGCGGCUACGCGAAUCAAAAUGAGGCGGAUGUUGAUAUCAAAAUAGUUGAUCCGGAAAGUGGCGAGGAGCAUGAUGAAUCCGGAAGGGAAGGAGAAAUAUGGAUCAGCAGUCCUAGUGCAGGCAUUGGAUACUGGGGCAGGGAGGAACUGACUGAGAAAACUUUCAGAAACAAACUCGGUUCGCAUUCUGAAAAGGUAUACACAAGAACUGGAGACCUUGGAAGGAUAAUUGAUGGGAAUUUGUUCAUAACUGGAAGAAUCAAGGACCUCAUCAUAGUUGCUGGAAGAAAUAUUUACCCGUCAGACAUAGAAAAGACUGUCGAAAGCUCAUCCGAAAUCCUCCGCCCAGGUUGUUGUGCUGUUAUUGGAGUUCCAGAAGAGACCUUAUCCAGCAAAGGAGUACCAGUACCUGAUCACUCUGACCAGGUUGGCUUAGUUGUCAUUGCAGAAGUAAGAGAUGGUAAACCUGUUAGCAAAGACGUCGCCGAGGAAAUUAAGGCAAGAGUUGCUGAAGAACAUGGUGUUACUUUGGCUUCUGUUAAGCUGAUCAAGCCAAAAACUAUCAGCAAAACAACAUCUGGAAAGAUAAAGAGAUUUGAGUGCUUGAAACAAUUCAUUGAUGGAACACUGGAUGUGGUUCCAGAUCAAAUCUCGUCAAAGCGAAAGCUUCUUAGAUCUUUUACCACAGGUUCUUGCAGGGAGGGAAAUACACCAAGGCCACAUUUGAAUACAACAUCCUUUUCACCAACUCCAGGACUGAAUAAAAAGGAGAUUGUCGAGUUCCUGAAGGGACUCGUAUCGGAGCAGACAGGAAUCUCUAUCAGCAAGAUUACUACUACUGAAAGUUUAGUAUCUUAUGGUAUUGAUUCUAUUGGUGUAGUCAGGGCAGCUCAAAAACUUUCAGAUUUUCUUGGAGUUCAAGUUGGUGCAAUCGAUAUCUUCACAGCAACUUGCAUUGAGGACUUGGCAAGCUUCACAGAGGAUUUGGUUAUAAAAUCUCGACCUCACGAUGCAGCAAAUCCUUCUUAUCUUCCAGACUACUCAGAGGAUGAUUCCUGUAAUUUGGUGGCUGAAGAAGUUUCCCCAUCCCAUCGAUUCGGUAUCAUUUUAUUGCAACUUCUUGCUCUUGUCUAUGCCAUUUUCAUGCUGGUCCUUCCUGCAUACUCAUCCAUAUCUGUCUUUAAGAACCUGAUUUUGACAAAUGCAACUCUAGUGACUUCAUUUCCUUGGGCUGUUUAUGCAAUUUCCUUGAUCUUUGCACCAUUUGCUUGGCUUCUAUGCAUAUCUACCACCUGCAUAUGCAUCGGUACUCUUGGAAAUUUGGUCCUUCAACCAAAUUAUUCCCUGACCCCAGAGGUGUCCAUCUGGUCAUUCGAUUUUGUUAAGUGGUGGGCUCUAUAUAAGGCACAAGAAAUUUCAUCUAAAGUUAUGGCAGUGCAUUUGAGAGGAACAGUUUUUCUGAAAUACUGGUUUCAAGUAUUCGGAGCUAGGAUAGGAUCAUCGGUUGUACUGGAUACCGUCGAUAUCAGUGAUCCAGCACUUGUUUCGAUUGGAGAUGGAGCUGUUAUUGCAGAAGGAGCUUUAAUUCAAGGCCAUGAAGUGAAGAAUGGAAUCCUGAGUUUCCAUCCAGUUAGGAUUGGCAAAAACUGUUCAGUUGGUCCUUAUGCUGUACUCCAGAAAGGAAGCGUUUUGGCAGAAGGAACUGAGGUAGCAUCAUUACAGAAGACGGCAUCAUCAAAAUCAAACAGUCGUAAGAAGGUGAGGACUUCGAUCUCAGAUGUCGUUGAACCGGCAAAUGAAAUAGAACAUGGUCUCAUUACAGCUAUGUAUCACUUGAUGGGAAUCUACAUUGUCGGAUUCAUAAGCGCCCUCUCAGGAGCUAUCCUUUAUUUCUUGUACAUACUGUUAGCUCAAAAAUCUCCAUCUCUUCAUCACUUCUCCUUAAUAUGUCUCUCUGGAGCAUUCCACUGGCUUCCGUUCACUAUCAUCGCUUACAUGUCCAUUAUUUCUAGUACCACUUCAAGUCCGAUAAUCUUCGCUAUCUCAGUUGCAACUGUCUACCUGGCUCAUGGCUUGACUUUGAGCAUCCUUACCAUAUUUGUAAACACUUUUCUCUUACGAAACACCAAUGAUUCACUGAGAAUAUGGUUGAAACAUAGAAUUAACAUUGCCUGUCAUCUCAGAUUUGCUAAACUCCUUUCUGGAACUGAAGCUUUCUGCAUGUACUUGAGGCUCUUGGGAGCAAAAGUUGGAAACCAUUGUUCUAUCCGAGCCAUCAACGCGGUUUGUGAUCCGAAAUUGAUGUCACUAGGUGAAGGUGUCCAUCUAGGUGACUUCAGCAGGAUUAUAACCGGCUUCUAUUCCUCGAGUGGAUACACGAGUGGAAUAGUUGAGGUACAAGAUAAUUCAGUUGUUGGGAGCCAAAGUGUUGUCCUUCCAAGAUCACUUAUCCAAGAAAAUGUUAUUCUUGGUGCACUUUCAGUUGCUCCAAUUGAUUCUGUUCUUCAAAGUGGUGGUGUUUACGUUGGAUCUCAAUCCCCCGUCAUGAUAAAGAACACACGACAUGCCAUGGAUGAAAGGAUAGAAGAUAUGGAUCCAAAAUACAAGAAGAUAGUUGGCAAUCUAGCUGCAAAUUUGGCUGCAACCACUCUCAAGGUCAAAACAAGAUACUUCCAUAGAAUUGGUGUUAGUGGAAAGGGAAUGCUCAAAAUAUAUGACAACAUCAAAGGAUUUCCAGACCAUACAAUCUUUGUAUCCGGCAAACAAUAUCCUGUCAUAGUCCGGCAUAGCAACAGCUUAAGUGCCGAUGAUGAUGCAAGGCUCGAUGCUCGUGGUGCUGCAUUGAGAAUACUCUCUGAUCAUGCAAAUUCUGAUGAUGAAAAGCCACUUCUAGAUUUGACAUUGAAGACAGGGGAAGCAUUCUAUGCUAGGACUAUCUCUGACUUCGCGACAUGGCUUGUUUGUGGCUUAGCAGCAAGGGAGGAGCAUGUGAAACGCGUGCCACAUGUUCGCGAUGCAGUAUGGACAUCACUACGUGAUUCGAACUCAUAUACAGAGAUGCACUAUUACUCAAAUAUAUGCAGGCUUUUCAGGUUUACAGAUGGACAGGAAAUGUAUGUGAAGUUCAAGUUGAGGCCCAGUGAUGAAAACAUUGGAAAGGAUUCUGGUAAAGUUGAGCCUAUUGGAAUACUUCCUCCAGAAACAGGUGCAAUUCCUAGGAAAGAUAACGACACACGCCCGUUACUUUUCCUUCUUGAUGAUUUCAAGAAAAGGGUAAGUUCACAAGGCGGUGUUCGCUACAUUUUCCAACUACAAUUCAGGUCUGUGCCUAAGGAUGAAGCAACACAAGACAUUGCACUUGACUGCACUAGGCCAUGGGAUGAAGCUGAAUUCCCAUAUGUUGAUGUUGGAGAAAUCGUCGUUGAUCAGAACCUCACCAAAGAACAAUCAGAGCAGCUGGAAUUCAACCCCUUUCUUCGAUGCCACGAGAUUGAUGUUGUGAAGGCAACAUCAGCCUCUCAAAGUGCAUCCAUCGAUCACGGUCGUUCAUUGAUCUAUGAAAUUUGCCAACAUUUGAGAAAUGGUGAACCACUUCCAGAAGCCUGGAAGAACUUCAUAGAACAAUCAGAUGUAAAAGUUGAUCUCUCUGGUUGUCCAAUUGCAUCAGCAGCACUACAAGUAAAACAUCAUCAAGAAGUAGCUCUAUCAAGAACAUGGUAUCAAACUUCUUGGUCCACUUUUGCUCAGCCAAUACUCCAAACAUUCUUACCAUACUUCCUCUUCUCAUAUUCAAUACAUAGUCCUCUAAACUGGCUCAUAUGUUCAACAACAAGCCAUCAACUAUACUGGUUUUUCCCAUUCUUUUGGAUAUCCUCAGGGGUGAUAGCAGCAUUGACUUGUGUGUUAGCAAAACUAGUUUUCACAACAAGAAAGAAAGAUGGAGGAAAAUCACUCAUAUGGAGCAAAGGACUACUAAUGGAAACAUUAUGGCAAGCAUUUAGGACACUUGUUAGUGACUAUUUCAUGGAAAUGACAACAGGAUCAUUCUUGUUUGUCAUAUGGAUGAAACUUAUGGGAUCAGAAGUUGAAUUAAGUCAUCAUCAAGGGGUUUAUGUAGAUAGCAAUGGAGUUCUGUUGAAUCCUGAGAUGAUAGAGAUUGAAGGAGGAGGAUGUAUAGGCAAAGAAGCAUUGUUAUUUGGACAUAUAUAUGAAGGUGAAGGUGAAGUGAAAUUUGGUAAAGUUAGAAUAUGUGAAGGAAGUUUUGUGGGGAGUAGAGCUGUGGCAAUGCCUGGUGUAGUAGUAGAAAGUGGUUGUUGUUUAAAUGCUCUUUCACUUGCAAUGAAAGAAGAAAUUGUUAAGUCAAGAUGAAA